UCGACGAAAACGGUUCGUAUCCGUGAAGUUCGCAUCUAAACGGAGAAAAAGAUAAACGAUGCGCGUGCGCCGUGUGAAUUUCGCAAAGUUUUGAAACAGUCAAGAUCUGUGUGAUGUGCCUAUAAACAGUGAAUAUUAGCAAUCAGCUAGCAAGACAAGACCUCAAACCUGCCAAUUGAAACACUUUUGGAUUAGUUUCAAAGCAAACAAACAAACACAAACAAUAUGGUUCGCAGUUUGGCCCAGUGGACGAAGACGCUGAGUUUUCCCUCGCGCCUCUCGCCGAAUCGCAACUCCAAGGACUGCUCCACUCUGGCAGGUCCUGCCCCACCACCCACUCCGCCCCGCAACAAGACGACCUCGGGCAGUGGCAAUUGCGCCACCUCGAGAUCCUCCUCCUCGACGGUGUCCUCCUCGCACUCGUCCUCCCACAGUUCACCCACUCCCGGAAACAACAACAACAACAUGCCCAUCACGGAACUGGAACAGAUUAUAUAUCCUGGCCCCGAUCCGAAGCACAUCAUGGGCUCCCUGGUGUUCUGCAUCCACCACAAGCAGGGCUGCAAAUGGUCCGACGAGCUGCGCAAGCUGAAGGCCCACCUGAACACCUGCAAGCACGACGCCACCCAGUGCCCCAACAAGUGCGGCGCCCAGAUCCCGCGCAUCAUGAUGACCGACCACCUGCAGUACACCUGCACGAUGCGGCGGACCCGGUGCGAGUUCUGCCAGAGCGAGUUCUCCGGCGCCGGGCUCGAGGAGCACAACGGCAGCUGCGGCCAGGAGCCGGUCUACUGCGAGGCCAAGUGCGGCCAGCGGGUGCUCCGCGGCAGGAUGACCCUGCACAAGUCGAAGGACUGCGCCAAGCGACUGCGCCGCUGUGCCCACUGCCAGCGGGAGUUCUCCGCCGACACUCUGCUCCUUCACGCCGCCCAGUGUCCACGGGCUCCGCUGGCCUGUCCGCAGCGCUGCGACGCGGGUCCGAUUGCCCGCGGCGAGCUGGAGGCCCAUCUGCGGGACGAGUGCCAGUCGCUGGCCGUGCCCUGCAGCUUCAAGGAGGCGGGCUGCCGCUUCAAGGGCCCCCGCCAGAUGCUGGAGGCCCAUCUGGAGAGCAAUGCCGCCGCCCAUCUCUCGCUGAUGGUGGCGCUGAGCUCGCGGCAGGGACAGCAGAUCCAGAUGCUCAAGUCGGCGGUGUCCAAGCUGUCGAUCAACUACACCGGCACUCUGCUGUGGAAGAUCACCGACUGGUCGGCCAAGAUGGCCGAGGCGCGGGGCAAGGACGGACUGGAGCUGGUCUCGCCGCCCUUCUACACCUCCCAGUAUGGCUACAAGCUGCAGGCCUCCAUGUUCCUCAACGGCAACGGACCUGGGGAGAACACACACGUAUCCGUGUACAUCAAGGUCCUGCCCGGGGAGUACGACGCCCUGCUAAAGUGGCCCUUCUCGCACUCCAUCACCUUCACGCUGUUCGAGCAGGGCGCCCAAAGUGGCCAGGGCGGCGUGGCGGAGUCCUUCGUUCCGGACCCCACCUGGGAGAACUUCCAGAGGCCGUCGAACGAGCCCGAUCAGCUGGGCUUCGGCUUCCCGCGCUUCAUCUCCCACGAACUCCUGCACAGCCGACCCUUCAUCAAGGGCGACACGGUGUUCCUGCGCGUCAAGGUGGAUCCCAGCAAGAUAGUGGCCGUCUAGGUGCACUUAAAUCCACUUAGAUAUCUAAGACACUUACUCGCCUUGUGUAAAUACCGUGUAUUUAAGUGUGCGAGUGAGGCCCUUAGCCUAGCCCGUAGUCUAGCCCGUUUCAGUCCCAGCGGCGGCUUCAGGCGAUGUUGGCCAGCAGGCGCUAACUGGCCUUGGAACGCCGACCGCUGGGCCACUGCGUCAUAGUCAUACAUACUAUCGUUUCGUUUAGGUUUUUGCAGUGCUGGAAUUAAACCAAAGCAUACUUACGCAUAGAUUUAGAUACACUAAGAGCUCGCUCGUUCAGUUCAUCCAUAAUUGUACGCCUAAGUUCGUGUCUUAAGUCUUUUGUUUAGAGAUUUGUAUUAUUGCGCGCGAUGCGAUCACUUUCAAAAGAUCUUCAAACUAGACCGUACGCUCAAAAUCAGUUAGACCAUAAGUUGCAUGUACAUAGCGUUAGAAUGCGGAGCAGCCGCAGCAACCGCAAGCCUAGUUCUAGAUGUAGCACCUAGUUAGUAGCCUAAGCCAACGCAUUAGUCAUUAGUACCAUCAACACGAACAUAAACAUGAGAAUCCAAGUUUCAACAUAGUCAAAUAAGUUUAUGUUUAAAAGCUACGAAGUCAAACAUACAAUAAAACGAAGUAAUUUAAAUGCAAAUAACAA